GAUCAAGAUCGGAUGUAUCAGCUGCUGAGCUGUAUCAGUCCAAAUCAACUUCAUCGCAUAUAGCCUGAACACCUCACCGCUCUAUAUCGGACCUUUGGGACACUAGAGGCUGUGACACACAGCCUGCACGACCCCAACAAACCCCCAAGAAGAAGAGGAGGAAGAAGUAUCAGUCAGCUAUGUAACAGUUAGAGACGAGUCCAGUAUGUGGCCAUCCUGAGCAGACAUGGAUCUACGCGAGCCACACUGACAGAGAACAACUGAGGGCCACAAACAGCACAUGAUCAGUGUGAAUAGAAAGAUAAUUGAAGAAAUGGAAGAGUUUAAGUACUGCAUCAUGGAUCUAUCUUAUUCAAGGAUGGAAGCUUGAAGACGAAGACAAGACAGAAAGAGAGAGAUACACAAGAAAGAUUAGUUACACUGAGAUAAGAGGAGAGUCUGUUUGAGACACAGAUGCACAUCAUACAGGCUGGAAGACAUGGACGUCAAGGGAAAGGAGGCAGCCUUUGAUCCAACUGAGCACCAGCAUGUAAGGUUCAACCCGCUACGAGGGGACUGGGUGUUGGUGUCACCACACCGCAUGAAGCGCCCAUGGGCAGGCCAGGUGGAGCCCCCGCCUCAGGAUGAUCUCCCAGACCAUGACCCUACUAACCCUCUGUGUCCUGGGGUGUCCAGACCCAGUGGUGUGGUGAACCCAAACUACACUUCAACUUUUGUAUUCAACAACGACUUCCCAGCACUCCUGGAGGAGGUACCAGCACCAUCUGAGACCCCUGGGGAGGAACUGCUGCGAUGGGGGCCAGCACGGGGUUGCUGCAGGGUGAUGUGCUUCCACCCUAAGACCUCCGUCACACUGCCCACCAUGACCCAGGAUGAAGUCAGGAAUGUAGUUGACAGGUGGGUGGCAGAGACAGAGGAACUGGGUCAGAAGUAUGAAUGGGUGCAAAUAUUUGAGAAUAAAGGGGCCACCAUGGGCUGCUCUAACCCACACCCACACUGCCAGAUCUGGGCCUCCUCUUUCAUGCCCAGUGAAGCCUUGCUGGAGGACAUGCACCAGAAACAGUACUUUUUGAAGCAUGGCACUCGUCUCCUGCAGGAUUACACUGCUAAGGAACUCCAACAAAAGGAGCGAAUAGUUCUGGAGCAAGAAGAUUGGUUGGUGGUAGUGCCUCACUGGGCAGUGUGGCCAUAUGAGACACUUGUGCUGCCCCGCCGGCCUGUGUCACGCAUCACCCAACUCACAUCCAGUGAGAGAGACGGCUUGGCCUGUCUCAUACGUCGCCUGACAGCCAAGUAUGACAACCUCUUCCAGUGCUCGUUCCCAUACUCCAUGGGGUGGCACGGAGCCCCUACUGGGUGUCACCUGCAAGAGAAAGGUGAAGGUCAAAGUGUGGGUGACUACUGGGUGCUCCAUGCCCACUAUUACCCUCCGCUGCUGCGCUCAGCAACCGUCAAGAAGUUUAUGGUUGGCUAUGAGAUGCUGGCCCAGGCCCAGCGUGACCUGACCCCAGAGCAGGCAGCACACCCUGAGGGACCUGCCUGACACACAUUACAAGUGCAGGAAGGAUUGACAGUCACAUGGUGGAAGUAAUGCUGGUGUGUCUUUACCUUGUCCCUGAAGUAUGAUAUUGUUGAAUUAGGGAGCAAGGUGACGUCUUUCCAAUUUUGGGAUUAUUUAAUGAAAUUUUAUUAUUUACCUGUAAUUAAUUUGGGAAGCUUAUGAUGAUAAUUUUAUUUGAGAAUUACCAAUAAUGUAACUGUGUGCAUGGAAAUUGAUUUGAAAGUUACUCUUAAUUACCUCACAUGUUAUAAUUUAAUAAAGAAACAUGGAAAGAUA